AUGGCACCAGUUAGAGAAACAACUCCGAUUACUCCCCCAGCCACUAACACCGAGGAAGCUAGUAUUAUCCCAUUGGUUAUCCCUCAAAAUAUUGCACUUGGUGAAUACAUCUUUCUUAGAAUAGCCCAAGCUAAUUCUAAGCUCAAGACAGUGUUUGAGAUCCCUGGUGAUUUCAAUCUCAAUUUGCUUGAACAUGGUUAUUCUCCUUUGGUUGCACACAAAGGAAUCAAGCUAAUCAACACAUGUAACGAGUUGAAUGGUGCUUAUGCUGCCGAUGCUUAUUCAAAAGCCAUUGAUGGAUUGAGUGUUUUUAUAUCAACAUAUGGUGUCGGUGAAUUAUCUGCUAUUAAUGGUAUUGCUAAUGCCUUUACUGAGUACGGAGCUGUAUUGCAUAUUGUUGGAACACCAUCAUUGAGACAACGCGAGCAAACAAGAAGCAAAAUAGUCAACAUACAUCACUUGGUGCCAAACCACGAUCCACUUUGUGCUCCCGACCAUGAUGUCUAUAAGAAGAUGGUGGAAGGUGUAUCUUGCAUCCAAGAGUCGUUGGAUGACAACAUGUCCAACAAUGCAGCAAAGAUUGACAGAGUGUUGAGAACUAUUAUUCAAGAAAGACGACCAGGAUACCUUUUUAUUCCCUGUGAUGUACCUGAUAUGCUCACUUCUUCUAGCAUGUUGCUUGAGACUCCAUUUUCACCUUUAUCACAAUAUCAAGGGACCGCUUACGCACAAUCCAUGUUGAAUGAAGUAACCGACUCCAUCUUGUCAUUGUUGUACCAAUCAAACGACCCAUCAGUGCUUGCUGAUUGUUUAGUUACUCGAUUUGGAGCACAAGCUGAACUUGAUCAAUUUGCCCAAAAAUUGCCAGAGAGCGUUAAGUUAUUCUCCGCCAACUUUGGAAGAAACAUUGAUGAGACCAGAAGCAAUUUCGUUGGUGUAUACACGGGCGCUGGGUCAUCUGAUCUUAAAGUUCAACAGUUGUUUGAAAAUUCUGAUUUCUUGCUUCUCUUAGGCUAUUACGAUACCGAAAUGAACAACGGUGGAUAUAGUCGUGAUUUUUCCAAAGCAGACAAUACGGUAAUUGUUCACCCUGAUUAUAUUCAAAUCAACAACUCCAUACACCAUAUAAAACAGUUUAAUGGCGAAAAGUUAUUCUCAAUGGGCGAGUUUUUGCACAACUUGACUGAAAAAUUGGAAAUUGCUCAAAUAUCUGCCACAAGACUGACCACAUAUAAAUUUAUUCCUCAAGACAACCAUGUUGCAUCCAAAACAGACAAUUUCUGCUGUCCCCAGUCCAAAAUCAACAAAUUUCUCUCCAAUAACCUUCAGCUGAAUGAUUUUUUGAUUGUUGACACCAUGUCUUUUUGCUUUGGAGUAAUGGAUAUCAAGUUUCCUUCAAACUUGCAUCUCCUUUCGGGUUGGAGUUAUGGAUCAAUUGGAUAUGCAGUGCCAGCAACAUUUGGCGCUACAAUGGCAAUCAAUGAUUUGGGUCUGAAUCAACGUAUCAUUUUGGUACAAGGAGACGGCGGUGCUCAAAUGACGGCACAAGAAUUUUCCAGUUUCAUUAGAUACCAUCACAUUUUACAUAACUUGCCCAAGGUAUUUUUGAUAAACAAUGAUGGGUACACAAUCGAAAGGAAAAUUAAAGGGCCAACCAGGUCAUACAAUGAUAUAAAUGGGCUCUGGAAGUGGUCUAAAUUGUUGCUGGUUUUUGGUGGUGUCGAAGGUGAAACUCAUAAUGCAUUCAAGAUCCACAAUGUUCAAGAGUUUGAUGAGCAGUUUGGUAGUGGGAAAUUGGGAGAUAGUUCAAAAUUGCAGUUUUAUGAAAUCAUUGCAGAUAAAUUUGACGUCCCUGCUCGUGUAGAGAGGAUGAUGUCAGCUAAGUAG